UUGUAUAAAAGUUCCUUUUUAUUAUGGUCAUCAACUGAAAGUAAUUUCAAUGCAAAUGUAGGAGACUUUCAUUAAAAACUGCUUAUACCAUUGAAAAGUUUUCUCCACCGUAGGUACACUGGUUCUUUCAAAAAAAAAAAAAGAGAGCCAAUAUUGCUAACAAUUUCAAUUGAGAAAGGAUUCUGCUUUUCAAAUUAGAACGUAAUUCUACUUUUCAGUGAAUUAUUUCCCAAGGGAGACAUUGAAUAAUGUGCGAUAAAUACAAUUUUCCACUGAAUUUUAUGAACUUUUACAAUUGACACACUUUUGCAUGGAAAAUAGAGGAAAAAUACGCAGGAAUGAACAGGAAUAAAAACAAAUGAAAUUUCCACCAAAAUGUUCUCUUGGGCAGUAUAAAAGGUUAUAUCUGUAUAGUUCUUUUGGAUCCAAUGUAUUGUCAGGGGGUGCAGAGAAAAAAAGCAUUGGACCAAUUGUUUACAUGUACAUGAAUUGUUCAUCCCUGAAGCUCAUCUAUAUUUUUCUUUUUUAUCUUUCACUUUUCCUCUAUUUCCAUCCGAGAUUUUCCUCUCGCGCGCAGUGUUUAAAAAUAGCCCCAACAACGAUUUUUCUUUCUCCCUCACACCAAUUGGUUUUUCCAAUUGGGGACGGGGGAGAGGGUCAGUAGAUCUGGGGGGAUUUUUCGAUGAUGAUCUGUGUAGAAGAAUGAGGUGUGUAUAUUUUCCCAACACAACUCAGUUAAUUUUCGCGUCUGACGAGACAAUUUUGCUCCACUUUGGCUGAGACAAAAAAAUAUUGCAUGGUGAGUCAGUUUUGGGAUUUACUCUGGGAUUGACGUGUAAAUUUCCUUCCUGCCUUGGAGAUCAUUUGUUGAUUAAUUGUUUGUGCAAAAAGAAUAAAUGUAGAAUUUUUACAGAUUUUUUUUAUUGGGUGAAAAUUCAAAGAGAAUGGCAAUGGAUUAUGUUGACUAAUUAAUUUGUGAAAAGCUGAAAAAGACAAUAAAGAAAAAUUGUUGGUGAAAAGUGAAAUAUUUAUUUUUUGAGGAAAAAAAAUGAGAAGAAGGAGGAAAUAUAAAGGAGUGUCACUGGAGGAAUUUUCCACAAAAAGAGCAAAAAUUUCCUCUUUGUUUUUUACCUUGUGUGUUUAGCAAAUAAUACAAGGAAAAAUAGAGGAAGAUUGUGAAGAAUUCUGUGGAAUUUAUUCUUGGUGCCUUUAAGAAUUUGUUUUUCUAAAAAAAAAAAAAAUAUUAAAGAUACAGUGCUUAAAAGAGAUCUUUCUACAUCAUAUUUUUCAACUGAGGGUGUGUCAGUGAAAAAUGGUCCAGUGAAAGUGAAUUUUUUUCAAGCAAAACUUUACUGUAUACUAUCUUAUUCCCAAAAAAAUACUUCCACCCUCAAUCCCAAAAUAAUGAUUGAUUGGGUGUCAAUUGUAAGACAUUCAAGGCGUCGAUUCUCCAAUUAUGUGGGUGCAAGGGCUCCAUUGAGGAUUAAGAAACGUCGGAGAACACCCACAGCAUCACCCACAAAUGAUCGAGCACAGUAUUCAUGCUGUUGCACUCAUAAUCAGCAACGAUUCCGAGGCAAUGAGGAAGUUCAGCAAUCUGAAAAGAAGGAGAGUGAAAAGCAAGCACCUCCAUCAUCAUCCUUGGCAGGAGCCACUGACAAGGAACACCAACAACCUGUUGGACGAAAAUCCGAAUCACCUUCAAAGUAUUUGGCUCACACACCGGCCGUCAAUGAUGCUAAACACGUGAAUGGUGAUGAUAGUUGGCAAUAUGAGGAUAUUACGUUGGAAAGGGGAAAUUCAGGAUUGGGUUUCAGCAUUGCUGGAGGCACAGAUAAUCCUCACAUUGGUACUGACACCUCCAUCUACAUCACCAAGUUGAUUCCGGGUGGGGCUGCAUCGGCCGAUGGUCGUUUGGGGGUGAAUGAUUGCAUCAUUUCUGUGAAUGAUGUCUCAGUGGUGGAUGUACCCCAUGCAAGUGCUGUGGAGGCACUCAAAAAGGCGGGAAAUGUUGUGAAGUUGCACGUGAGACGGAAGAGAAUGCCACCGGGUCCAAAAAUAAUUGAAAUUGAUCUGGUCAAGGGUGCCAAGGGAUUGGGAUUCUCAAUUGCUGGUGGCAUUGGGAAUCAACAUAUUCCCGGCGACAAUGGCAUCUAUGUGACGAAGAUCAUGGAUGGUGGUGCAGCUGGGGUUGAUGGACGGAUGAGUAUUGGGGAUAAAUUGGUGGCGGUGAGGCAUCCGACGGGACAGGAGAAGAAUCUGGAGAAUGUGACGCAUGAGGAAGCCGUAGCUACGCUCAAAUCCGUCACGGAUCGGGUGACAUUAGUUAUUGGGAAGGCGCAGCAUGCUGUUGCGCCGCCGCAGAAUACCAUGGGUCUGGGCCACGUGAAUUCUCACUCAACAGGUGCCGUCAACAGCAUCGGGCAGAAUGUCGUGGACUAUGCCAAUUCUGCUGGAGAUCGAGCACAUUCACCGCAUCAAGCUCUGGAGACAUCGUCGUCGCGAUAUGCUUCAUCCAAUGUUCUCGCUGCUGUUCCACCUGGAACCCCACGAGCUGUCAGCCAUGAAGAUAUAACGAGGGAAGUGCGAACAAUUCAAAUCGGCAAAGGACCUCAGGGUCUCGGCUUCAAUAUUGUUGGCGGUGAGGAUGGACAAGGUAUUUAUGUGUCAUUUAUUCUGGCUGGUGGGCCGGCUGAUGUGGGUGGUGAGCUGAAGCGUGGUGAUCAGUUGUUGAGUGUAAAUGGGGUAAAUUUGCGCAAUGCCACGCACGAGGAAGCCGCUCAGGCCCUCAAAAAUUCUGGCCCCAAUGUCACCCUGGUGGCUCAGUAUCGUCCUGAGGAUUACAAUCGCUUCGAGGCUCGCAUACAUGAGCUGAAGCAACAGGCGGCCAUUAAUGCUGGCACAGGGACGCUGCUGAGGACGUCACAGAAGCGCUCACUGUACGUGAGGGCGCUCUUUGACUAUGAUCCCAAUCGCGAUGAUGGUCUGCCAUCGCGCGGAUUACCCUUUAAGCAUGGUGAUGUACUGCAUGUAACCAAUGCAUCCGAUGAUGAGUGGUGGCAGGCCAGGCGCGUGCUGGGUGACGGAGAAGAGGAAGGCAUCGGCAUUGUGCCGUCCAAGAGGCGGUGGGAGCGAAAAAUGCGCGCCAGGGAUAGAAGUGUCAAAUUCCAGGGACAUCCCACUAAUAAUCUAGAUAAGCAAUCAACACUCGAUCGCAAAAAGAAGAAUUUCUCAUUCUCAAGAAAAUUCCCAUUUAUGAAGAGCAAAGACGACAAGAAUGAAGAUGGAUCUGAUCAAGAACCAAAUGGCAAUGCAACUCCAGACAUUGAUGCAGAUCAGCAACCUUUUAUGUUGUGCUACACUCAGGAUGACGCUAAUGCUGAAGGAGGCGAGAUAAUCUACAGAGUGGAGUUACCCGAUAUGGAGCAGAUUACGCUAAUCUACCUGGAGAAUAGUGAUGCUGACUAUCCCACAGAGGAGAAUGUUUUGUCUUAUGAACCAGUACAGCGCCUUUCUAUAAAUUACGCAAGACCCGUGAUUAUUUUGGGUCCUCUCAAGGAUCGCAUCAAUGAUGAUUUAAUUUCUGAGUUUCCUGACAAAUUUGGCUCCUGUGUUCCACAUACAACACGACCGAAGAGAGACUACGAAGUUGAUGGGCGUGAUUAUCAUUUUGUAUCAUCACGUGAGCAAAUGGAGAGAGAUAUUCAGAAUCACUUGUUCAUUGAGGCAGGACAGUACAAUGACAAUCUGUACGGAACAUCGGUGGCGAGUGUCCGUGAAGUGGCAGAAAAGGGAAAGCACUGUAUCCUCGAUGUUUCCGGCAAUGCAAUAAAGCGCCUUCAAGUUGCUCAAUUAUAUCCAAUUGCAAUAUUCAUAAAGCCCAAAUCCAUUGAUUCAAUUAUGGAAAUUAAUCGACGAAUGACUGAAGAGCAAGCGAAGAAAACCUUCGAGAGAGCUUUGAAGAUGGAGCAAGAAUUUGGCGAAUAUUUUACAGCCGUUGUUCAAGGGGACAACAUCGAGGAGAUCUACAAUAAGACAAAGAAGGUGAUCUGGAGCCAACAGGGCCCAACGAUCUGGGUGCCAUCGAAGGAACCACUAUGACCAACGGCAACCACUACAUGGACACUGCCACCAAGAUCAAGGGCCAGGCCUGUGUCUCGAUCUGGCUACAAUCACUAAAUCUUAACCACAUGAAUUUAAUUGUUGUUUCGACAGAGUCUUUUUCUUCUUGUGCGCGCAAUGAUGAUCCCUCUCCACAUUCAUUUCCUGUUUUUUUUUAAUUAAUUCUUCUUCAGUGGAGGGAGGGGAGAUGGAGUGUGAGAAGAUGAGCAAGAAAUUGUAUUAUUUGCUUCUUAUUUUAUUUUUUCUUAACCUCUUUUUUUUCGUUUAUCAGCAUUGAAAAAAGUUUUUUUUUUUCAAUUCAUAUUCAUUUUACAAAAUAAAUUACAAAUUUAUUGAUAAUAGUGUUAAAACAAAAAAAACUUGUAGAGGUUUUUUUCUUUUAUUUUUAGAUGGAGUCAAUUCUUCUAUCAAUCUCUUUGAUCUAAUAGAAAAAAAAUAUUAUUUACAAUCUACAUUAUUUUGGAUUUUUCUUCCAGAGAAUGAUUUUACAAGAGAAAUAUCGCUGCCAUGUCUCAAAUGUGAGAUUUUUCUCACUAGAAAUAUAUUUAAAAAGUAUUUUAUUUUCUCAUUUGACUCCAUCAGAAAUUUUUUUGAUUUUUAUUUCAUCAUAAUUAUUAUUUUUCUUUUCAUGUAUUUUAUUUAUUUAUUGCGAUGGAUGGAAGAUUUAAAAAAAAUAGUAUGAAUAAUUUUUUGAGAAGUUGACAUACAUUUUAAAGGCAGAUGAAGGAAAAAACUAUUACGUAGGACGAGUAAAAAAAGUAAGUAAAAAAAACUAUAUAUACACAAGAAUAAAUGUUUGUUGACGAAAAUGAUUAUUAAUUGUAUUAUUGAUUAUUAAAAGAAAAGAAGAUUGAAAAAAACAGAGAGAGAUAAGGAAAAAAAAACAAAUAAAUAUUUAGACAGAUCAUGAUUAUUCUAUUUAGCUAGCUAACUACAAAUCAGUAAUUUAUCUCUAUUUACGCAUAAUGAAAGCGAAAAAGAAAGUUUUAUCUCUAUUUAAUGGACAAAGAAAAAUAAAUAAUGCGAAAAUGCAGCAAAGCACUUGUAAGUAAUAUCCAUUUUUUCGGAGAUAUUCAUUGAUAAAAGAUUACCACAAAGUAAGAAACACGUCCCUUCCCCAUUUAAUGGAAGAAAACAAAUCUAAGAAAAAAAACCCUCUAAUAUUUAAAAAAGAAAUAAUUAAUCAAAAAAAAUGAGAAAAGGAAUAUCUUGUCAUAUUUAAAGCAUUCUUCAUUCGCAUCUCUCUCUUGCAUUCUAACAUUUAAUAUUGAUAAAAAAAUAGAUAUUCUGUGAACAAAAAAUAAAAGAAAAUCUUCAACUUAAGCAAUUUUUUUCGAAGAGAAGAAUAAAGAAAAAAUUAAUUUUUAGUGUGACAUAUAUUUCUUCGAAUCACGUAUCCCCGAAAAAUUACUCGAAUUUUCUCACUUAUAGACAAAUUUUCAAAAGAAAUAACUAAAAUUAAUUUGUAGUAAAUAAAAAGCAACACCGAAAUGUUGAAGAUUUUAUCUCAGAGAGAAGAAGAAGAAAAAAAAUGAAGAAAAAGAUUAUUUUGUAAGCUUCUAUAUACAUGAUUAUAUUGAAAGAAGAUUUUAUUAACAAAUUUGACAAAUUGUAUAAAAUAAAA